GUUCCAUCAUAGCAAUUAAAGCAAUAGAGGUCCCAUCAUAGCUAUUAAAGCAAACCCCAGUCAUGGAACUCUCUUCCAACAAGCAUCCACCUUCCACAAUUUCAUUGGUAGCAGAACCUUCCGUAAGUCCCUCGCCGCACUUCAAGACCAUAGAAUUCCCUCGCUCCUCUCCGGUGGCACGCUCCAGCAGUACAAAAGAGAGGCAAAGGAUAAGCCCACAAAAAAAAAAAAGAAAAAAACAAUAACGGAAAAAAAAAAAAAAGACUGGAAGAUGGAGACUGUCGACUACUCUGCAGCGGAGGAAGCAGAGUCCUCCUACAUCUCUAUGGAUCCCCUCCUCACGAAGUCGAGGAGCGACAAGAAGAGAAGGUUCAGCGAGGAGCAGAUAAAGUCCCUCGAAUCCAUUUUCGAGUCCCAGGCGAAGCUGGAACCCCGGAAGAAGCUGCAGCUGGCUAAGGAACUCGGCCUCCAGCCUCGCCAGGUGGCCAUAUGGUUUCAGAACAAGCGAGCCCGGUGGAAGUCGAAGCAGCUCGAGAGAGAGUAUGCCGCCCUCAAAGCUAACUAUGAUGUCUUGCUCUCCAGCGUGGAGUCCCUCAAAAAAGAGAAGCAAAUUCUGAUCAACCAGUCGCAAAAGCUUACUGAAUUGCUGAAUAAGCCAUCAGAAGCGAGCAGUAAUGACGGCGAUUCCAACUGCAGCAAUGGCAAGCGCGAGGAGGAUGCGAGGCCCUGCUUGUUAGUGUGUUCAGGUGAUGAAGAGAAGAAUCUAAGCUUUUUCAAUCAGAAAGAAGCAGAAUAUUUAUACAUGAGAGAACCUGAGAGUGGCUACCUGACAUCAAUUGAGCAACCAUGCGAUUUCAACUGCAGUAGUUCUCCGGAACAGUGCUGCACCACUCCUUCUGAGUGGUGGGAGUCUUGGCCCUUGACAGGAUAGAACCCUGUCGUCAUCAGAAGAUGUGAACCUUAGAGCUGAUAGAGUUAGAGCCUGCUGUUUGGAGUCAAGAUUAGAAUUCCAGAUGCUCAUGUAAAAUAGGUUAUGAUUCAGGGAGUGCAUGAAAUUUCUGAUGCUAUGUCAUCAUCCCGUUGUAAUCAGAAUGAAUAAACUUAGAAUCAACAGAGAAUAAUGUGUCUACUGCUUCCCAGAUCCGCUCUUAAGACAGGUAAGCAUUGUGUUCAAACAAUCGACUACAUUUAUUCUGUCUAAUAUCUAUUUAUGCUUCUGCAAUUAAGUACAGAUGCACAAAUUCAAGCAAGCAGGAAGCAAGCAAGUCCACCUAGGUGGCAAGUGUAUGAUGCUUCAGGAAUGAGAUCAGUCAAGAGUCCUUACCUCUCAUAAGAAGCAUCAACAUCAAGGGCAUCAUUUAAAUUUUAGUAUGUUGUAAAUGUUUUAGGUGAAGGACAGCAGCAAUGGCAAAGGCUGUCAAGUUUUUUGACUUUCUUAACCAUAAUAUUAAAUUCUGAAUUAGGACAUGAGAAUAUACGUUGCAGAAAUUAUGAA